ACCGGCGCGGUAUGGCUUGUUCCAGUGGUAGUAGAUCAUGUACUGGCGAUUUGAAUGUCUAGCUUGGCCAUUGGCACUGUCGUUGGGUGGUCCCCACCGUAUCAAGAAAUAGAUGGCAUGUCGAUAUGUCACUUUGUCAGUGACAUACUCAGUGGUCCGUUUGGCAUGCCAUUGCAUAAGCACGCGAGCGAGGAGGGACAUUUUUCAAACGGAUUUGACUGAACCAGAACUAUCCAGGAUUUUAGAACAGUUCCAACACAGAGUGUGUUGGCUAAAGAAGAAUCUAUUUUAUUUCUUCGUCAUUUACGUGCAUCGUUAGCGGCAGCGACUCAAGCAAAGAAGGAUACUUCUCUUCAUACGCGAUACAGGGUGGUGCCACCCUCACAAGCCAAUUCGCUGACGCUCGGCGCGAGCUGAGCAAACCGCGUGGUUGCAAUGGACUGGGCGGCGUUGCGGACUGGUUCAGUGCUGCUGAUCCUUCUGCUGUUGGCACUCGCUGCACCUAGCGUCGACUCUCAGAACCCGCAGAGCUGUGCCACAUUCAAAGAGGGAACUCCGGUAAAUAUAGGCGACCUGGUGCUGUCGGAUCCGGAUGAUAACUUUGCGCAUAAGAUGCAGGGUGCCAUGGUUAUGGUGAAAGAUGCCGCAGCCAAUCAUUCCAAGUUUGUGACGCUGUCGAUCAACACGACCGCUCUGUCCGUCAACCUGCGUGACAAAAUCAAAGACAAAACGAUCAACAGCACAUUCAACGACACAGCGAAACUGUUGAUGAUUCGUGGCGUCGCUACAGUCAAUGAAUACCAAGAAAUUCUCAGCAACAUCAUCUUCAAUGACAGUGCAUCGGAACCUGAUCUUCGCACCCGGACCGUUAUGUUCGUUGUGUCCGAUGGUCUGAGCAUGAGCAACGCAGUCAAUAUGUACGUGGCCAUUGAAGAGAAGAACGAUAACAUGCCCCAGGUAGUGCUCUCGCCGGAAUCUGUGACAUUCAAGGAGUUGAACAACUUGAAAAAGACCGGUGGUGAUCCUGUGGUGCUUGCAACAUCUGUCGUCAUAACAGAUGCAGAUAGCUCCGAUAAUCCAGAACAUGGUGUCUUGGAUCGAGCCUGGGUGUAUAUAUCGGACCCAAGUGGCAGUGAGGAAUGGCUUUAUGCAGUCAUGCCUGCCAACAACGGCAUUAUCUUGACUGGAAACGGUAGCGAUGCGCUAGUGUUCACCGGUAGGGCUACCCUGGCCAACUAUAGCGCUGUACUGGAAUCGAUCAGGUACGCAAACAACGAAACCGAGCCUGUCAACCUGACGCGCACAAUACUGUACAGUGUUAACGAUGGCCUGCACAACUCAACCAUUGCCACGGUGAACGUCAGCAUCGAAACAGCUGAUGACAACUUUCCAGAGCUGGAGUUCUCAUCAGACUCGGUCAACUAUUCUGCAACAAUGCUGCCUCUGCCGUUUAUGUUCUUCCCUGAUAUGAACAUCAGCGAUGCUGAUGGUGUAGAAGAGGAUCGCCUUAUCAGCCUAGUCAACAUUUCCACUAGUCCGUCAGCUCAGUUGACGCUUCCGUCCCCUCAAACUGUAGGGCCCAUUACGCUCACGGGGUUGAAUUCUGCGAACUUGCUUUUGACGGGGAGUGCACCGCUUCAGGACUAUGUUGACUUAGUCCGUGAUCUCCAGUUCCAAAUGAGUGCCAACGCUGUUGUGUGCCAGGAAGGGGCCCUGCAGCAACAGCACAUCAGCUUUACUGUCUUCAACACAGACAUGAUGGAAUCCGAUGUGACCACCAUCACAGUUGCAGUGGACGUGGCCAAUGAACACGCACCCGUAGUUGAACUUCUUCCGAGCGCGGUGUCUUUCACUGAAGCCGACCAGACGCUGAAUGAAACCUCAAGCGACGUCCUGGUGUUUCCCAACGUCAACAUCAGCGAUCCCGACAGUCGGGAUUGUGAAGACAGCUAUCUUAGUGCUGCUAUUGUACGACUGUACGGUGCAACAAGUUCCGAAGAAGAAGUCCUCAUGCUCGAUCCUGGUGCAUUGCUUGACUGGACAACCGUAUCCUGCAGCAACACUACAACUAUGACGGUACUGGCUGGCAAUGUCCGCUGCUGGCAGUUGGAGAACCAAGCAUCUCUUGGCGACUAUGUGAAUGCUCUGAAAACGUUGAACUACUCCAGCAGUGAACCAGAACCAGUUCCUUCACCCAGAUCGCUGACUCUGCAAGUCUUUGACGGCGCACAGUGGAGUCAGUUGCACACGGUUGCGCUGGAUACCGAGCUGUUGAAUGACUGGCCUCCAGUCCUGCAUCUGUUCCCAGACACGAUGACGAUGGAUGGAACGCCAGUUCUGCUGCUGGACGAGGAUGGCGCCAGAGCACUGCCCAUUGCCAUUGGUGCAACGCUGACUGACGGCGAUAUCACCAACACAAUGCACCGUCAAGUCAGCACGCUUGUUGUCAACGUUCAAUCCGUGGAUGGAACUGUUUCGCCAGCAUGGCUAGACUACAACACAACAGCAUUGCCAGCAGGAUUCUUAAGCAUCGCUAAUGUAACAUCCCCGGGAACUGAACUUCGCUUUGAGCUGAUACAAAAUGUAACCGAGAACACAACGUUUGUCUCGAACAACAGCACCGGCAUCACAAGUGAAGUUCUGCAAGCAAUACUCUACCAUGACAACAGCGAAGAGCCAACUGAUGCGCUGAUCAACAUCACGACCGUACCUGAGCUAUCCGCAGGACAGGUUACGAUCUUGGUCCAGGUGGAAACAGCUGAUGACAAUGAGCCAGUCAUAUCUGGGCUCGGUCAGAGCAGGUCCUUUGUUGAAGACGGUCCAAGUAUAGCUGUAAUGCCCAACAUCUCCAUCACCGAUGCAGACACUAACAACAUCAACCACACGUACAUCACGUCAGUGCUGGUCACAUUACAAGACGCUGUGGAUGGCGCUCUGGAGGAGCUGUCUGUGAAUGCUAGCGCAAGCACGUGCAUGGAUCUGACCAUCACCACCGUUAACCAGUCUGCUCUAUUGCUGGGUAGUGCCGCGGGGCCAGUACCUAUCGGUGCCGUUGUGCCGUGCCUGCGACAGAUCAUGUACCGGAACACUGCAGCGGAGCCAAGUCCUACCCGGCCUCGCCGUGUCCGCGUGGCCGUGAGCUCCGGCGAUUUCGUUGUAGUGCAGGAGCAGAUGGUUCAUGUUGAUGCCGUAUGUGACGAACCCAUCGUCUGGUUCAACUCCAACAGUUAUGCAGAACUAACUAGUCCAGGCCUACACUUCAUCAGCUCACUGAACAGUAGCGAGACAUUGUUUGAUAUUUCGAUUACGUACACUGAAAUUACUUUGAAAGAUGACAGUUACGAUCAGGGUUUUGAUGUGCUAAGUGGCCAUAAUCCGUCAGGUGCCGUUGAUUUCGAACCAGUAACGGGUACUCUGGAUAUUGCCGGUACUCAGCAUAUAACUGUGUACUCACCAAUCCUAGCUAACACUGCCUUCCGGUCAAAUUCACAAAGUCCGGGCAUCCCUAUCCCAUACCGUGAUGUGGAGGUGAGACUUACGUACGACUGUUCUUGCAGUAGUAGUACAUCUUGCCCUCCUGGUGGUACUGGCAAUCGGCAAAAGACGUACCAGCAUCGGUUUGGCAUUGCUGACGAGGACACCGCUCCCAUGGUCAUGCUUUCUACAGCUUCCCAGGACAUCGCCCUUAGCCACGUUGUUCGACCCUGUGAUGACGGCAGCGCACGUACUGCUCUGUUUUCCAACGCCAGUAUUGUCGAUCCGGAUGACACCAUGCUCGACUUCGUAGUUGUGAAUUUGACCAAUGCUGCACAAGAGGAUGAGUUCAUCACUUUUGACACCCCUUCACUUCAGGUGUCGGUUCAGAGAUCAAACACGUCCGAUAAUCUUGCCGUCCAGGAGGUCUUCGUCACUGAGUACACACUGAAUUUUACAGGUGGUGGCAAUGAUGUCACAGCCUUCCAAACGGCGCUGCGCAAUGCACGCUACGUCGUUGGUGGAAGUGUUGUGAGGCGUAUCGGCGAUGUUCGGGUCGUGACCGUUGUCGCAUGGAAAGGUGGUCUUGAAAGUCCCGCUGCGACGGCGAGCAUCACGUUGUCGAAUCCUGCAACUGGGCCUUGCCUGACCAGAGUAGCUGACAUCACAUACGUCGAGGAUUCUGGCUCACUGGUCAUACUCCCAGCUGACUAUGAGCUGGGUACUGGGACGUUCUAUUACUUGCACGAGGUCAGACUGGACAUCGCCGAUUUCCCCUACUCGCACAGCCUUAACACCUCGUUCAUGGAUACGACUACACUACAGGUCACACGGAGUCCUGUCAAUCCGUCAUCCAGCAUCAGUCUGAUGGAAAGUGCAGCCAGUCUUUACCAGUUCAACACCAUGCACGCAAAGGACUUCCUUCGCAGUCUGGAGUUUUCUUCCACUGUACAGGAGCGUGUUCGUAACAGCUCUACCCUCACCAUCACGGUACUAGAUGCCCUGCAUCGGUCGGCCACCACGUCCUUCAAACUGACCGUCGAGCCAAGGAACGACCCUCCCGAACUUGCGACGUGCAGUCUGUGCUGUGAAACGCUCAACUCCAUUGUCAGUCGCAACUUCUCCGUCGGUGACUUAGCCAACAGCUCUGUGGUAACUGACCCUGAUGGAACUGGCCUACCGUAUGGACUGAUUGUGACGUCGAUUAGCCAAGCUCCAGCUGAUUCUAAUCACCUGUGGCAAUAUAAUGCGAACGGAACUUGGCUCAAUUUGCCCCCGGCGUCAGUCAGUGAUUGUUCGGUUGUUCUGCUGCCCACAAACGCCACACUCCGUUACGCAACGUCACCUUCGUACUCGCGAGACAUCACCAGCACGUUGACAUUUCAAGCAUACGACUACAGUGUAGCUGGUGAUGAACAGUCGGCAGAUUUCUGUGUAAACGGAACUCUCAAUGCUAGUGCUGUUAGCACCAAUUCAGCUCAAUUUUCUCUCACCGGACCAUACCUAAAUCGUCGGCCAUUGAUCAAUUCUAUACAUCCAACUUUGCUGUUGGACACAAUAAUGGAGGACAUGCCAUCAAUGGUUGGGAGAGAGGUGCAGCAGUUUGUGCGUACUGUCAGCUAUGACCUAGACAACAUGGUUCUUGGUAUGGCCGUGGUAUUUGCAGAUGAGACGAAUGGAAUGUGGGAGGUCCGAGACACGGGCGGCACAUGGCAAGCAAUCGUGUACAACGCCACCAGCCCUGCUUUGCUACAACCAACCAGCUCGUUGCGAUUCACGCCCAGCAGAGAUUUCAAUGGCAACGCCAGCUUGACAGCUCACGCCUGGGAUGUGGAGAAUAUGGACUUUAGCGCUGCAUCAAGUGACCAUAGCAGCUUCUCGGCUGGCACAUUCGGUGUCCUCACAACUGUUCUGCCUGUCAAUGACCCGGUCGAUGUGCUUCCGCAGAACUUCACUGUGGACUAUACGGAGGAUGGCGAAGCAGUCGUGCUGUUCCCCGACCUCAACAUCACUGAUGUGGACACAUGGGAAUGGUUCUUGUCUUUCAAUCUAUCCGCAUCCCAGCCUUUGCACGCUUGUGGACAGCCUCUGCCAUCAUCAUUCAACAUCACACAUAGCCGUGGUGCAGGUGGUGAGCUACACAUGCUGGGAUCGAAGCGUGAAGUGAACUUCAAUGGGUCUGCAUCGGAACUCAUGAUGUGGUUGAGAUCGUUUGAGAUUGUAGAAGCGUCGAACAACGAAUUAAACUUUGACUUCCUAUUGCUGGAAGUGAGUAUCACGGAGAAGGAGAGCAGUAUGCCGGCCGAGCUGGCAUCAACUGUUCAGAUCACCCACUCCAAUGAUGGGAUGAUAUCUAUUGGGAUUCCAAACACUGAUUACAUCUUCAAGUACACCGAAGAUAGUGGAUACGCUACGGUCUUUGCUGGCAAUCCUGUUCGACUUUCCGACAACGACUGUCCACCAAUGCUCUCCGAAGUUGUCAUCCGACUUCAUCAUGCAGAUGGUGAGCACAAUUUGAUGAACGUCACAUUGCAGCCUGGGAUCCUGACGAACGAAACUGAUCACCCCAAUGGCCGUACAUUGCAACUCACCGGUAGUGCUUCAGCAGCCGCUUAUGAACAGGUCUUGAACUCGUUGACCUACAUGUUUGAUGAUAAUGAGGAGCCCACUGACCGAAUUGGCAAUUUCUCCAUCCAGGCCUUUGAUGGUCGCUUCUACAGCGACGAACUGAGCGUCACGCUGCACAUCAUUCCAGAUGUUCCUCCAGUUCCGGUACUGUUGCUGGACUCUGGCAGUGAGGAUUUCACAACGGUGUUCAGAGAGAUUGCAGAGGAGGACGCCGGCAAUGCCAGCAGCUAUGCAGCGUCCUUGACAGGGGUAGUCAGCCUGACUACUCUAAAUGUUGGCGACUUUGUUCCUGCAUACGUCUCCAUUGAGCUGGAGCUGGCUACCGUGCCGGCUAUUAACAAUGAAACAUUGCUGCUUGAUGGUACUGCCAGCUCCUCGCCGUUUUUCAUCAACAUUACCAACAGCACGCUUGCGGAAUACGAGCAGGCAUUGCAAACGGUGCAGUACAUUAACUAUGCCAAAGAGCUAAGUGGUAGCAACAGAACGGUCCGGUUCCUAGCGUGCUAUUCAUCUCAUCCGAUCUGCAGCAGGCCGGUGUUCACGAUGAUCCGAUUCAUGCCAACCAACGAUGCACCUGUUGUCACGUUCGCCAUGCCCAGCUUCACGUACAUAGAGGAUGAACAGUUUCAAGCCGUCAUCGGUGACUUGGAGCUGUCUGACUCCGACAGUGUUGUACUGGCCAGCGCUGUGGUUCGCGUAUCCGGCCUGGAUGCAACCACCGAGCAGGUCAAUGUUACACAGCCAGACGAAGGCAUAACGAUAUCGCCGGUUCAGAACAACGGUACCCAGCAGUUGCAUUUCAACCUGACCAGGGCCACUGACCAGUCUCGAGAUCUCCUGCGAACAGUCGUAUUCCGGCAUGCGACUCACACGCCACCGCCACAGGGUCAGCGGACUCUCUGUGUCACGGUCACCGAUAAUGACGGUGCUGCAUCACUUACAGUUUGCAAGAUCAUCGUGCUACAAGCGGUCAACGAUGCCCCUCUGGUAUUCCUGACGUUCACCGACACGUUCCAGGAAAGGAACUAUGCGACCAGCUUCACCGAGGGUGAUGCACCUGUUAGGAUUGCGGGUGAAAAUGCUACAAUAGUGGAGUUUGAAGGUCAUGAUAUCAUGAGCAUGACGGUAACACUGACAAAUGCUCUCGACAGUGACGAAAAGCUGACAUGGGACAUGACCAUCUCCAGCCCAAUGGUCACUACAAGCAGGAUUGCUGGACAAGAGUUCAGCUUGCAAGCCACCGGCAUAGCAUCGGCAGCAGAGUACUCACGGCUUCUGCGCACCAUCGCGUAUGACAACCCCAGUCAGCGCCCAGAACCCGACACACGCUUGAUCACCGUAGCUGCCACCGAUAUUCAGAAUGGGACGUCACUCAGUUCCGCGUGCACAGUGAGCGUGACGGAAGUUGACGAUCCAGCCGUGCUUGUGCUGGACCCUGCAGCACACACGUCUGGCACUAGUAAUGUGAACUUCACUGAGGAGGGCAGUGCAGUUAACUUGUACCCGAUGGCCGCAUACCAGGACCUGGAUGAUAUGUAUGUCGACUAUCUGCGCUUGGUUUUGACAGGUGUGCUGGACACCGGUGGAGAACACUUGCAGUUGCCAUACACUACGUUGAAUGCCACAGUUCACGGCGAUAGCAUCACGUACAUUGCGACGUUUCCCAAUCCAGGACUGAACAUCAGUGACACCAAUGUGUUGCUCAGGAGCCUCCGCUAUAUCAACACGCGUCCGGAACCGACUGCGGGUCAGCGCUGGGUUUCCGUGCUGCUGACCAAUAGCCGCCCAGCCACUGUCAGCAGCUCCAGCACAGUCACCGUGGUAACGGUCAAUGAUCAGAUGCCUGCGUUCAACACCAGUGCUUUCAGCAUGGAUGUGGUGGAAAACCAGCCGGCGGUUCAACUGCUCGAUCUUGCCCUGUACGUUGAAGAUGGUGAUCGCGAUGCGUUCAAUUCUGUCCACCACGAAUACACGAUUGUGUCCUGCACCCCGCAAUGCAUGUCAAAGUUCAGCCUGAGCAGUGCGGGUCUACUCAGUGUUGACCAGGCUCUCGAUCGCGAAGCCGUUCCUCGGUAUCAGAUUAUUGCCCAGGUCGUUGAUAAUGCCUACACUGCGGGAGGAUCUGGUUCCGGUUCUGGGCAAGGGGACGCUUCAACGGCUAUUGUGACUGUGAACGUCAGGGAUGAGAACGAUGUGACACCUAGUAUACAACAGAUUGGUGGACACGCAGUUCAACAGGCGCUGGUCACAAUUCCAGUUUACGAAGGCUCACCUCUUCAUCUGCCAAUCAUAGCCGUCGAUAUGGACGAGGGUAGCAACGCCCAGUUGACCUUCAGCAUUCCUGCCGUGAGUUGGUUGUCGCUCAGUGUCAACCAGACAACUCGAGCGGUUCAGUCACUGCAUCCUUUGGAUUACGAAAACGCAACCAGUGUUGUGUUCAAUGUCAGUGUGAGUGACAAUGGACGGCCACCUCUAUCAUCUACUGUUCUUGUGACCAUCGCCAUACUGGAUUUGAACGAUAACCUGCCGACGAUAACCACGCCAGUGACAGUUAAUGUCUGUGAAAACGAGUCGCCCGGUCAUGUUCUGUUCUCGGCUAGUGCGAGUGAUGCGGAUAGCCUCGAUGCUGGAUUGCUUCGCUAUCGCCUGCUGAACCUGACCUCUGUACUUAGUGUCAACACCACUACCGGUGAUGUGAGCUUGCGUCACGCCGUCGACUAUGACUUUGGCCCCAGCCUGUAUACUGUUGGAGUGGAAGUGGUAGACUCUGCUAAUCACACCGACUCCAGUACAACACGCAUCAGGGUGCAGAACACUAACGAUGUGCAAUCGGUAGUGUUUUCACCGACGGUGCACGUCGAUGUCCGCGAGAGCGACGGACACGAUGCCGUCAUACUCACUGGCGACGCGAUCAGGCGAGCAGUGACGUUUGGCGACCGGUGUCUUUGUCAGGAGUGCCCUGUCCGAAGACCGUCAAGCUGUGAUUGUGAUUUGAACCUAACUUUGGCCGACGUGCCCUACUCGCUAGCUGUGCUCAGUCACACAAGAGAGUUCUUCAUUGACCCUCCACAAGCCAACCUGAAUGAAAUACGAUCCAUCAAGCUGAACGGCAGCUACAAUGAUUUUGAGCAACGUCAAGGAAAACCGUACAACAUCGGCAUUCUCUUGCGUGAUUACGACAGCCAACCAGACUCUGACACCGGUAUGAUCACUGUCAGCCUAGUGGAUGUGAACGAUAACCCACCGGUGUUUGCCAGGAGUUCCUUUAACGUGACAGUUCGGGAGAGCCUAGCACCGGGUCGUUCUGUGCUGGAGCUAAAUGCUACGGAUGCCGACAGUGGCGCGAACGGAAUGAUCGAAUACACUAUCGUGUCAGCCACUACAGCAGACUUUCACAUUCCUCCCGGCGGCAGCAGCUCUCUCAUCUUACAGGGUCCACUGGACAGUGAUGUUGCUGGUGGUCUGCCACAGUUGCGCAUUGAAGUUGCUGCCAGCGACCUGGGCAGUCCCAGCCUGAACAGCACUGCGCUGGUCUACAUAACAGUCGCGGAUGUCAACGAUAACCCACCUGUGAUUCUUAAUCGUGACAAUCUUAUGUUUGCUGUGAGAGAGGAUAGUCUGUCUGCUACUCAGAUAGCCAGGAUCAAUGUGAGCGACAAGGACGUGGAUACGGACAACAAACAGUUUCUCUUCUUCUCCAGUGACAUUGACUCAGUGUUUGACAUCUCUCCUGACGGAACACUGACCUUGAUCUCCGCCGCUUUGGACCGAGAAAGCCAGGCUGAGUACACAUUUAAUGUGACUGUUGUGGAUGAGGAGCAGUGGCUGGCGAAUGCACCACCAAACUCAUCCGAACUUGUCCCGGGAGUUACUCUCUUUGACAGUGCACUGGUGACGGUCGUUGUCGAGGACGUCAACGACAAUAGUCCGACAUUCACCAGUCUAUUGCGGGUCUUCAGCGUCAGUGAAAAUGCCCGUCCUGGUGACAGGGUCACUCGCAUCACAGCAGCUGACAGGGACGCAGGCCUGAAUGCGCAACUGAGAUUUUCCUUGCUCGGUAGUAGCGGCUCUUUCAAUGUCACCUCAGAUGGCUGGAUCUUGGUCAGUGGUGCGCUGGAUGCCGAAAAACAAACUCAGCACACACUGACCAUUGUUGUGUACGACAGUCCUGCCACAAUGCAGCCUCGCAAUGCAACCACCCACGUCACGGUGAACAUCACAAAUGAAAACGACAACGCGCCUGUCUUCAACCAGAGCAGUUACUCUGCCAGUCUGCCGGAGCACUCUGCUUCUGGUACACCCAUAUUGCGUGUCCUCGCCAUUGAUGAUGACUUGCAUCCGUUUGACAGUGUUGCCUACUCCAUCCAGCGUGUUUUGCCACCUGAAGCAAGCAUGGCCAUAGAAGUUGAUGCAUGGACUGGUGAUGUGCGUGUACUGGAUCACGUUAGCUUUGAUAGAGAGAUGUUGCCUCUGGGCAUAGUCCUGGUCAUCAUUGCUAACGAUAGCGCAAACAUCGACAGCACCACGGUCAACAUCAUGCUGGGCGACAUUAACGAUUCGCCUCCUCAGUUCAGUCAGAUGCAGUACUUCCUCAGGGCGCACGAGGACUUCACACCGGCCGGCAUGGGUAGCAUGUGGCGGUAUUCUCACUUGCCCGUGGUCAAUGGGGCCGAUGUUGUCGCCCAGGAUAGUGACUUAGCACCAAACAAUGACAUCGUGUAUGCAUUCAAUGCUACACUGCCAGCAGACUUUCCAUUCAGCAUUGAAAGCAGUACAGGCAGGAUUUUCCGCAACAACCACUCGUUCAUCGACAUAGAGAGUGGUCCGCAAGAUUACAUGGUAACGGUGAUUGCCUCCGAUCCUCACGAGGACAUGCUCAGCGAUUCCGCCAUUGUCCUCAUCAUGGUGAACGACAUCAAUGACAAUCGCCCGCAAUUCCUUGUCCAGGACAGCACGUUCCGUAUUGAGGAGAAUACGAACGACUCUUUGAACCUCACCGCCGUUGAUGCAGAUAUUACACCCAGCUCAAUUCACUACUGGCUUUCCAACGACAGCAGUAGCAGCGCCAGUCUGUUCUCUGUAGACUCUGCAACAGGGAAACUCACAAUCACUCCCCUGGACCGGGAAGUGAGCAGCAUGCACGUCAUCAAAGUGUAUGCGGAAGAUAGUGGUCUGCCAUCUCUGACUGCAACAGCCACACUCACAAUGGUGGUCACAGACCAGAAUGACAAUGCCCCCGUAAUCAGGGCAGCGACGGACAUAAUUACUGUCUCAGAAUCCUACAAACCCCUGUCUUCACUCGACUUCCGCAUCAAUAUAACGGAUGCAGACGCCGGCAAUAACUCGGAAGUGACUCUCACACUUGGUGGCACCAACCAAGCCUACUUUUCCAUCAACGCAGAUGCAAUGGUUUCCUUGGCUCAGUCACUGGAUUUUGAACAGCAAGUACAGUACAACUUCACAGUCAUAGCCACAGACCAGGGUCAUCCUCAGAUGAGGAGCAACAAAACAUUUCUAGUUUUGGUUCUGAAUGAGAAUGAUGAACCACCUCUUGUCGCUAUCACUCCGCUGGUCACAGAAAUCCUUGAAGAAGACUUCAGCACCAAUUUACGUCCCGGUAUCCAGCUUUCUGACGUGGACAUGCCCGUUGAUCCGGCCUUUGCAUCUGCACAUGUGAAUAUUGUCAGCAGGAUGUCCGGUGCUGCUGGUAGUGCGCCAUUCCAGUGCGAGUCUCCAGAAAACAAGGAAGAAAAGGUACGCAGCUGUGGCUUCAGCGACAGCGUGGAUUAUCGUCUGGAAACACCCACUUCGUUCUCUGGCAGCAACUCUGCGUUGCGCGAAAGUGUUGGCAAUCCCAUAACUACGUCGAGCCUCUUCAUAGCUUUGUGGAUCAACAUGAACAAUGGAAUUCCGUUGCAGAAUAUGACCAUUGUCUCUUGCUCUCAGUCUGGCUUGGGUCUGGAUGUACUUUACAACGUGAUGUGUGACUCUACCGGCUCACUGCUCUUCCAGUAUGUCAACGCCUCUGCUGUAAAUGAAGUGGCUCUCUUCCCAGGUAUUUGCAAUGGGUUCCUGGGCACGUGGCAGCACAUAUCCCUGCAGGCAGUGCCGCAGAGUUCCAUCUCCCUGUACAUCAACGGCGUGUUCAUGGAUUCACAACCGUUCUCGUCAUUCUAUUUCCGCUCAUCUCGCUUUGUGGUCGGUGGCGGCCCAACAUUUGGCAUCAGUAGAUCUCCAGUGGCUGACUUCUUCAACGGCACACUGUACGGUCUGGUGGUCAGUAUCAAGGAGCAGCCUGUUGGUCUCCUGCCCUGCUUCAUAGAGUGCGGUGAGGCAUUGGCACUGUCGCAAAGUCCUCCGUCAGUGCUUAGCGUACGCUACAGCAAUGGUGCGUUGCGGAUCAGCGGCAAUGCCAGCAAGACUGAGUAUGAGAGCGUGUUGAACUCUGUGCGUUAUGUAGACACAGGUGAUGAGCCCCUGUCCAGUGGUGCGCGCCAAGUCACCUACCGUGUAUCCGACGGUGUGCAGGACAGCAAUACCGUGGUGCAGAACUUGACUCUGAUCUUGUCCAACGAAGCCAGCCCUGUCCUCCUCUUGGACGGCACAAGUCUGAAUGACUACCCGGUUGAGUUUACAGAAGGCUCUACUGUGCACGUACCACUGGCCAAUCAGACAAGCCUAUCCCUGACUGACACGGACAGGGGAUUGUUCUACUUCUCACUGACAGUGACAUUGGCAGCAGUUCCUGAUGGCACAGAUGAAGAACUUACUGCCGACCGGGCACUAGCAAACCACAACGGUAUCUCCGUCAACUAUAAUGUGACGCUGGGAAAGCUCACGCUGCAGGGUCAUGUGUCCGUGGAUCGCAUGCAGUUGGUGGCUCGUACCAUCACAUACCAUAAUCGUGCCGAUGAGCCCAACCCGAGCAAUCGCGUUGUUCAGUGGCUGGUCGAGGAGUCGGAUCAAGACGUCGGUCAGAUUGGACGUGCAGUGCAGUCCAGCACUGCUGUGAGGUCCGUUGUAAACGUCCUUCUCGUCAAUGACAAGCCACUGCUGACACGCUCAUCAAGCGCCGCCGUACUCACCUAUUAUGAAAUGCAAGUGCAGCUGCCAGUGCUGAGGAGUUUGAGCAUCAGCGACAGUGACAACUCCACUCUCAGUUCAGCUAGCGUCUACUUUGUGGGUGUGGUGACAGGGAACGACACCAUUGCGGUUGUUACCAGCAGUUCAAUCGGCUCUCAGUUCAUGAUCAUCACCGACGGAUUCAACAUCACUAUUCACGGGCAGGCUAGUAUAUCGGAUUACCAGGUGUUGCUGAGGACUGUGUCCUACAUGCACGCUGGCUUUGAAGAGAAUGUGCCCACAGCACGGCAGAUAGCCGUGUCGGUGUCGGAUGGCUUGGACAGCAGUGAUGUUUUCCUCACUAGCGUGCGCUUCACUUCAGUGAACGAUCCGCCGGUAGUGGAUCUAACCGGACCCGGUGAUACUGUCAGAGAUAGUUCUGUUGAUUAUACUGAGAAUGGUCUGCCGACCAGACUAACUGCAUCCGCUGGCUCCACAGUGAGUGAUGUUGACAAUGCAACACUGGCGUAUGUUCUCGUCAGCAAACCCAGCGUGGGGCUGAUCUUCACUCAGUCUCCUUCUUUCCCCGCCAUGCUCCAGUUCAGUAGUCUGAAUGGCACACACUACCAGUUGACACCAUCCAGCGCAGGAACCUUGACACCACCCACACCCACAGACUUCUCCAGGGCCAUAGACACAUUGCUUUUCGAAGUGAGGCAGGAUGAGAUAUCACUGUCCGUCGGAGAUACAUUGGUUCUGGAGCUGGUUGCCUAUGAUGGUAUUGCACACAGCGUGCCGGCUAAGUGCACAAUCAACAUUAUUCGAGUUGACGAUCCUCCUCGCCUCAGUCUCUCUGAUCAACCGGAUUUCUCUACUGAUGUCAUUGAGAUGUCACAGUCACGUACUGAGAGUCACAUCAGCAACAGUUCACGUGUGCUAGAUCCGGACAGUCUGCUUUUCAGUAUCUCUGUAGUGAUUUCCACUAGGCUGGAUGGAUUUGACGAGUUCCUUGUAUGGCCGCCGUUGCCUGGGCUGGUGAUUAGUGCCAACGACAGCAACAGCAUGUCUCUAACAGCGUCUGGCCUGAGCGAUGCGGAGGUUGAGAUGUUCUUGGACGGCGUUCGUUAUGUCAACAAAGCCGACGAGCCAGCCGUAGGCCUUCACGAGAUUAAUGUGUUACUGCGGGACGGCAAUGGGAACUCGACAGCGUCUGCCAAGCUGAACAUAAUUGCUAUUAACGACAAUCCACCACGUUUUGUCACCAGUGGCGUGUUUGGCGUUACAGUUUCUGAGAACAGCGUCAGCAGUUCAUUGUACACUUUCAGUGCCACCGAUGCUGAUGCUAAGAACAUGCCAACCACAUUUGAGUUCUCCAUUGCCGACGUGUCAACAGAUGGCAAUUUUUCGGUCGACCCUCGUUCAGGUGUGCUAUCUCUUGGUAGUGGGCUGGAUGCGGAGAGUGCCAAGGUUGUUUUCCUUACCGUCACCGUCAGCGAUGGGGACUUCACGUCGGAGGGCAAUUUCACCGUCAACGUGGCUGACGUCGACGACAACAACCCAGUCUUUGACCCCACUGCACAAUACUCCGCUACUGUACCAGAGAAUACAACCGUUGGCACUUUCCUGUUCCGUGCCACAACUACCGAUGCCGACAUUGACCCCAUCAACCAGUAUGUGGAGUACGAGUUGACUCCGCUCAUGACCGAGUGGGAUGGAGUAUUCCGUGUGAACAGAACGAAUGGCGUUGUACAUCUUUCCGCUCCUCUUGACUUUGAAGGAAACUUUAAUUCGUACGAGUUCUACCUCACGGCCCGCAACCCAGCAAGUGGUCAUCAGAGCCAGCAGCUGUUCACAGUAAAUGUCACGGAUGUCAAUGACAACUGCCCGAUGUUCCUCUCAGUGCCGAGAUCGCUAAGCGUUCUGGAAAAUACAACAACGGGAUCAACCGUUGCGUCGAUUAGAUUUGCUGAUGCCGACUCAUCCUUGGCAUAUCAGAUUCCCCGGUUUGCUCUGCGGCAAAGUCCACCUUCACCUCAGUACUUUCAGAUCUUUGAAGUAUUGGGUACUUUGGAAAUUGUUGGCUCGCUUGACAGAGAAUCGGUGGAUACCAUUGUGCUGAAUAUCUCCUUGACGGAUAGUGAUCCACUGGCCGAUUGCCCUGUACUCUAUCAGGAAAUCACCAUCAACAUUGACGAUGUGAAUGACAACGAUCCUGUCGUGACGCCAUCAGUAGAGAGAAUGCUGGAGGAGCUUGCCAUCGGCGAGUACUUGUUCACAGUGGUAGCCAAUGACAGUGACCUGGGUAGCAACAGUGUGCUGUACUUUGAGCUGCUCAACCACGCCGACGUCUUCACCAUCAACCGUACAACUGGCGAUGUCAGUUUGGCGAGCACUGUUGACUUAGACUCUGCAAAGGUACCAGUGUAUGAACUGAAUGUUAGCGUAACAGAUGAAGGACAGCCGCCGAGAUCUGGUCAGGCCACGAUUACAAUCAACGUGGAGGACAUCAAUGACAACCGUCCCAAUUUCUCACAGCCGUUCUACUCUUUCCAGAUCCUGGAAAGUGCUUCCAUUGCAACAGUCUUUGGGAAAAUCAUGGCCAGCGAUGAUGAUUUCACCCCUCGGUUCAACGCCAGGACAUACUCCAUUGACGGGACUGUCUACCGACCAUUCAAUGUAGAUCAUGAAACGGGCGAACUGUCGGUUAGCGGACGACUUGAUCACGAAACAGCCUGUGUGUUUACGUUCAAUGUGACCGUUGUGGACAGCGAAAACCUGGCCGAUCACGCUCGCGUGGAAGUCAUUGUCCUAAAUGUCAAUGAGGUAGCACCUCAAUUCAACCAACCGCAGCUAGCAGAGCAGAUGUCAUUCCCCGAGAAUUACACGGCCGGCUCCAGUGUCCUCUCCCCCAUCGUUACCGACGGCGAUGGAGGAUGCUUUCCCGUUUCUCUACAGCAAAGGUUUGGUUAUUACGAAGAUGAGUUGCUGUAUACGAUUGACAGUGUGUCCGGAGGAAAGUUUGCAGUGAACUCCAGCACUGGUGAGAUGACAUUGCUGACAGCACUGGAUUACGAGCAGGACGACAGACAUUACAACAUCACAGUUACGGUGAGCGAUCAGCGAGGUCGUUCACAGAGUGCCACCUUCCGUCUCGAACUGCUAGAUGUCAAUGACAACUGCCCAGUUGCACAGCCGUCAGUGUUCUCCUUCUCCGUAGAGGAGAACUUCAUGUCUUCCGUGCAGCCCGUGCUGACUUUCUCUGACACCGAUGAGGACAGUGCGGCCUUCUCUCAAGUCGUCUACCGUGUGGUGUCCACUUCUUCUGCGGUUGCAAGUCGCGUGAGCAUCUCUGAGGCAUCCGGUGAGGUGUACAUCGUGAGUCCAUUCGACUAUGAUGUUCCUGGAGGCCAGCUAGUGCCCGUGGUUUUCAGUAUUAGCAGUCGACUGCCCAAUGAUCCAGCCACUCGCAACUGUCUCACCCUACUGAACGGCUCAAUUUACGUGAAUAACACGAACGAUAUCACGCCCAGCAUUAGUAUCAUGCAGCGAGUUAGACCGUAUAUGAAUGGCCAAGAGCCUCUGAUGCCUUUGCAAGGCGUCACCGUGUCCGAUAUGGAUGGCAUCACAAACCUAACCGCCACCGUCAGCCUUCAUCGUAACGUGACGGAGACGGCACGGUGUGCACAGUCUCAUUCGAAGACGUUACAGUGCGGAAUUGAGAACUCCAUCGAUGCCCUCUCUCUAGCAGGCCUUAGUAAUACGGCUUCAGCACGCAUGGUGAAUGCCACAAUUGACCUGUCAGGUAGACCGGAGUUUAAUCAUCCGCUGGCAAGCUUGACCGUGUCAAUGUGGAUUGCUAACACGAGAAAAGAGUUCCUCCCACUGUUUGACAUGCCUAGUGCCUUCUCUGCUUUCCUUGAUGAAGAUCCGUUCAAUCAAGUCAAUGAACUGAAAAUUCGGCGAAAUGGCGUGCAACUGCCGGAUGUUGUUUUGCCAGGCACAAUUCAAGGCUUGUUCCACCUUGCCGUGACGUACAGCAUGGCAGACUGCACCGUGACUGUACGCGUUGAUGGUAACAUCAUCACCACGUUGCCUGCUUGGUCCGAUUGUGCCUCGUCCACGUUUGGUGGCAUGUUCCACAUAGGCCAACAUACACGUGUGCCAACGGAAGUGUUUGACGGCGUCAUGCGUGGCUUGUCAUUGACAGCAGACUUGCAUGAUACACUGCUCUUCCAGUGUCUAGGUAUGUGCGGUGAGAGCAUUAGGAUCCUGCCCGGCAACACUCCAAGCAGUGUCAGCGUGCAGCACAUGCCGAGUGGGUCUGGACUGCCCUCCUCCAUUUCACUCUCCGUCCAACCUGAUGCGGAGGCAGAUCUGUCUCGUGCCCUCGCGUCGAUUGAGUACGCCAACCUGCACGUUCCACCUCUCUCACAGCCGCGCUACAUUGAACUGAGUGUGUACGAUGGACUGAACAUGUCUCCCGUUGAAACAUUAGUAGUGGAUGUUGUUGAACACAACACUGUGGCAGCCAGGCUCAGCCUCGGCAUCAAUGAAUCCACUGUCUUUGUCGAGUCCAUCAAUGGUGCCCCGACCAGCCCAGUGUCGGUUGUAAGCAGCAAUGCUCGCAUCACCGACAUGGACGUCUACCAGACAACACUCAGCGCCAUCACUGUUCUCCUGUAUCCACACCGAGACGGGGACGCAGAGUUCCUCUCGUUUGGAAGCGGGCUGCCUGGGCUCAGUACGGGCGUUACCACUACUACGAUCGGAGAUGACAUGUUGAUCCUGCAGGGACCGGCACCACACAACGACUUCCUGCGGGUCUUGCAAACUAUUGUGUACAAUAAUAGAGCAGAUGAGCCAUCGGAUUACCCGCGUACAGUGGCGCUCACUGUGCAUGAUGGAAACUUUACGUCCGUAACAAACUUUACCAUUUUCAUUGAACUGCGGAAUGACAACGCACCGCGUCUUCUUCUUGGCGAUAGAACCGUCAACUAUACAACAGUGUAUCGGGAGGAAAUGGACAGUAGCCUUGUGAGUUCUGCCACAGGAUUGCAAAUCGACGAUGCUGAUGCGCAGGCAACGAUUGACAUGGCCUCAGUUACCAUACUUUCUCCGCAGCUAGGAGAUCAGUUGUUGACCGACUUUUCUGAUGAUCCAAGCGUGCAGGUGUCUGCGAGUGCAACUCGAGUGGUCUUCCGAGGCACGAACACUCUGGCCACGUACCAGCGCUGGCUGCGCUCAGUAGCAUUCAACAACACACUGCUCGAGCCCAAGGCCGGCCUGCGAGAGAUUGAGUUUGUCAUCGAGCAAGCCGACUACAGAGUGAGUGCCUUCACGUCUGUGUCGGUGACUCUGUACAACGACAAUAGACCAAUGUUUCCUGCACAGCAGCAGAGUGCCAAUGUCCUGGAGAAUGUCACUGUACCUUACACAAUAUUGACUGUGACGGUCAACGAUGACGAUAAUGUUGAUGGUGAUGAUUCCAGCGGGCCUGCAAUGCACGUACACUUCAACUUGUCGAGUACGUUUGACGGCCGAUUUGAUAUCGAUCCAGCAACGGGCACGCUCAGUCUGGAAAAGUCAGUGGACUUCGACAAUACUCUAGAAGAGCGUCAGUACAACGUUACCGUGAACGCGUAUGACCCCGGUCUUGUACCUCACAUCAUUGUGCGCCAUUCUAGCCUGACGAUAACAGUCAACGUUCUUGGAGUGAAUGACCAUGCACCGCGAUUUGACGCACGCGUGUACUAUUCGUCGGUGACGGAGAACGCUGCGCCAGGAGCUCGUGUUAUCACGUUGUCAGCUUCCGAUGCUGAUGAGAAUCCUGUCCACUACUCUCUGCAGCCAGCUGAUUCACUGUUUGAAAUCAAACAAGCUACUGGUCUGGUCUCGGUCAGGGCCAUGGCUUCUAUUGACUAUGAGCAAGCGUCCCAGCACACUGUGUACAUAACAGCACAUGAUAGUCUGCGUACGGAGCUGCUCGAUACGGUCACACUGGUAAUCAACAUCACAGAUAUCAAUGACAAUCCGCUUGCCAUUCAACCAAGCGUCCUGCCGACUGCCACACUAAUGGAAGGUAGUCAUUGGGUAACUCUCUUCACCACUCUUCGACUUCUUGAUAACGAUUCAGCCCCCGUUGUGGACAUGGCAGUGAUACGGAUUGAAAGCAGGCUACUUGCCAACACUGCAGUUAACGUCAGCACUCCUGAGCCAUCUGCAGGCAUUUCAGUCAUUGCUAGUGCAGAUGGCAACACCCUGCUCAUCCAGGGCAGGGCCAGUCUGGCGGAGUACGAGCGUCUCUUGCGAAGAGUAACGUACUGGGACACCAGCGAUGAGCCACAGCCUGACAUCCGUGCGGUGACGCUCAGCCUGAGGGAUCCCUUGGACUCUGCUUACGUGAAUAUCACGCAAGUCAUUCAGGUCUCGUUGAUCAAUGACAACGCCCCCAUCUUGGACCUUGAUCCGAACAAUGUUACGAAUAAUGCAAUGGACAUCAUUGAGGUUCUCCUGCCUGGCAUUGAUGAUGUCGGUGCUUUUUAUACCCGCUUUGUGGAGAAGAGCCCAACACCAAUCUCUUUGGUGGACAGCGCAGUUCGGAUCACUGAUGCAGAUAGCGGACAAAACGAAAUUGCCUCCAUUGAGAUAAGCAUCGAGAAUAGCAUGUUCCCGCCUGGCACUGAGCGACUGACAGCUGAUGUGUGUUCGGAGACAUUCCAGUUUGAUUCUACCAAUGCCAUCGCACGACUGGCCGGCCCGCCUGUCACCAUUGCACGAGCGCAAACUGCUCUGCGUUGCAUCAGGUAUCAGAACCUGGCUGGUCAAUUCCAGCAGGAUGCCACGCUACUCCAGACCAAUGUCAGAUUCAUUGUGAAUGACACUCGCCAUGCGUCACAGCCGGUCUUUGCCUACAUACACUUGGAAGCUGUGAACGACGAGCCAGUUAUCCUGGUCGACGGCCUGACUCCGGAUGCUAUGCUGGAAUACCAUGAGAACAGUGGAGCACAACUCAUAGCCAGGAAACUGAACUUAUCAGAUCCCGACAGCGCAGAGCUUGCCGGCGUUUUCAUUCGGCUUAGAAGCGAGUAUGGCACCGAAGACAGAAUCAACGUGACUAUUCCUAGCGGGAGCAGGAUUGUCCGUCUUUCAACCGACGCACAUCAGAUCACUCUUGCUGGUCCGGCUAGCUUGCAGAUGUUUCAAGACGUGCUUCGCUCGCUGACUUACGAGAACGACAACAUGCGCCAGUUUGGCGGAGCAGCCGUUGUAACAUUCAGCAUAGGCCAAGGCCAGAAUUUCACCAUGGGACAACUCAACAUCAAGUUCCGCGGGAUCAACAACCGUCCGGACCUCAGCUUGUCUGCAUUCCAAGCGAGCAGAAGCAUUGAUGUGCGCUAUGUGGAAGGGCAUAAUGCGACCAGGCUAACGAUGAGCGAUGGGCCGUUUGUGACAGACAUUGACAACACUGAACUGUCGCGUUUGGAAGUACGCAUCUGCGGCCUGCGGGAUGGCGCGGACGAGGUGCUUGACUUCUCGCGCAGUCUGGCCACGGUGCUGUCCAGCCAGCGCAAUGCUACCUGUGCAGACUGGUCUUUGCAGGCAACAAACAACAGGUCUGUCAUGACGUACAGUGACAUCAUCAGAUCGGUGAUGUAUCACAAUCUGCAGGAUGAGCCUAGCCCUGGCCUGAGAACGGUUAUGUUCAUUGUGACAGACACUGGCAAUAGCACUGGACAUGGACCCACUUCCAGUGAACCAGCCUACGCCCACGUGACCAUCACACCAGUGAACGAACACCCGCCAGCAUUCUCACAGCCGCUGUACAACGCCGUCCUCUCGGAGAACGUUGCGGGGCAGCUCAACGUCACGCUGGCGGCGAGUGAUGCAGAUCGCUACGGCGUUGAUGACACUCUCACAGUCUCAAUUGCGCAGUCUCAGUAUUCAUCGCAGUUCCAUCUCAACAGUACCUCACUAACUGCCAUUCUGGUUUAUGCUGUAAGUCCGCAAGACUAUGAAGUUGUUGGACCACUGAUUCAGCUCAAUCUUACCGUAUCUGAUGGCAGUACCACGAGCUAUGCAGUACUAGAUAUCCAUGUUGUCGAUGUGAACGACAAUGCUCCAGUAUUCGUCAUGCCUGGCAGCUACAUACGCUCUUUACCGGAGGACACUGCGCUCAACACGAGGAUUUUGACAGUCAGCGCCACAGACGAGGAUGGACCUGACAAUGGGCAGAUUAGAUAUUCCUUGAGCCAAUUUGAUGAUGCCGCCACUGGUUCAGGGUCUGGAUUUGCACCGGCUGCAUUGCCGUUUACAAUCAACUCUGCCAGCGGAGAGAUCACACUCACCUCGACUCUUGAUUAUGAGACUAUGGAGUUGUACCGUAUUCGAGUCGUGGCCCGGGAUAAUGGCUCUCCGUCGAUGCAUGCUGAAUCUUUGGUCACUAUUAAUGUUACCAACGUGAAUGAGUUCUCGCCGAAUUUCACGCAAGCGGCUUACACUGCCGAUGUGUUUGAGAAUGCCGUCCUGGGUAGCAGCGUGACAACUGUGCGUGCUGUAGACACUGAUUUCGAUGAGCUCGGUCUGGUCACGUACUCCACCAACACCUCUGCCUAUGCCAUAGCCAUCAAUGGUACAAUCUACCUCAGAGAGAGCAGAGACUAUGACGUCGCCGGUGGACAGCAUGAUGUCAUCCUGGUCACUGCCAGUGAUCAGGGAGUUCCCCCGCGCAGGAGCGAUGUCAUCGUACGAGUCAACGUGCUGAACGUCAACGAUCAGCCGCCAGUGUUUACUCCCGAUGUGUACAAUGUACCAGUGUUAGAAUCACUACCCAAUGCCACUAUCAUCACUACAGUUACGGCUCAAGAUCCGGAUGAUAUCGGUGGACUGGUGUACACGGUACGCAAUAUUGCCUCGUCCGCGGCUCAGUUUGCCAUCAGCCAGUUUGGUGAGGUCAUGUUGCUGCAGAAGACGCCGGAUGCUUUGGACUUUGAGCAGCACAGGUCCUAUGCGGUUGUCAUUGAGGUGACGGACGGCAUUACAUCACACGUUGAUACGGCUACAUUGAACGUGAUCAUUCAAGAUGUGAACGACAACGCGCCAGUGUUCACCUCUAGUCAGGUGCUCUACACGGUGUCUGAGGCUGUGGAUGUGGGCAUGGUUGUAGCAAAUAAGUCGGCAACCGAUGCAGACAGUACGACCAAUGGCUUACUUGUCUAUGCUCUUGUCGGUGCUGGUGACAAAUUUGAGAUAGACGGUCACGGAGUGAUUCGGGUCGCAAAAUCACUUGACUAUGAGAUGAAUCAAGUGCACACGUUCACCGUCACUGUCCGCGACCGCGGUAUCCCUCUAAGCCUGAACAGCAGCCAGGCUAUAACAGUUGAUAUCUUGGAUAUCAAUGAUAAUGUGCCACAGAUCCAGGUAGCUGCUGGUAGUAGCCUGACAGUCGUGUACUACGAGAGUAACGGCUCACGUCCCAUUGCCAGUGGGUUGACGAUAUUGGACAGUGAUUCACUGGACCUGAUCAGUCUAACAGCUCAGCUAUACCUUGCUGAAUGUAAGCUGACGGAUGCAGCGGCGCAGCAAGCAUGUAGCACUUUCUCCGGGGAUGAGUUGUCUGAGUGCUUGGACUCCUGCGGUGAAAGGAUUCUGUUACCGGGUGCCGUUAGUACCACGUACAACGAUACCGUGCUCAUGUCCAUCGCAACCACAGGCAGUGCGGCUGCGUACACCAGCAUUCUCCAGAGACUUGAGUAUCAUGCACUUGCAGCCGAUCCCUAUCCUGGUCAGCGGCGCGUUGUCGUGACUGUGUCCGACGGCCGCACUGCUGUGUCCGAGACAAUCCUCAUUGACCUGAUGGUGGUCAAUGAACAUGCACCUUUGCUGUCCAGCGUGGCCACUAGUUUUACAUUCAGGGAGAACGACCAAGAGCUGCAGCUGGGAAAGCAAGCUAUGCUAGCUGUGCAGGACCAGGAUUCGAACAGCGAUGGACGCAUCCGCAGGCUCACUCUACGCCUACUGUCCGCAGUGGACGGCUUCGCCGAGACUAUUGCUGUCCGUGACGUGAGCGGAAAUUUCUUUAAAGGAACCACCAUUAACCUUACUGAUGACCUACUGCCGCACGAGUACGCUCCUGUGCUGACCUCGCUCAACUAUACAAACAGCAGAGAUGAACCCUCUGUCGGUGCACGUACGGUACAACUUGUAGCUGCCGACCGACAACUCCGCAGCCGUCCACUGAAUCUUACCGUCAACAUACAGCCAGUGGAUGACAAUGAUCCUGUUCUGAGCAUUGCCAACACCACAAUUCUCUACACGGAGGAUGAAGGAAGCGUACUCGUUGCUCCACUUAUUGGAUUGGAAAUUUCAGAUGCUGACGAAUACAACAGUGAUGCUAGCUUUGGCGACGUAAAUGCCAUUGACGUUUCCGCCACUGGGGUGGAUUCUCACAUCGACGCCACACCGGAGCUAGAUUCGGGUAUCGUGAUUGCGAGGCAAUCGCUUACAGCUGGCUUCACACUCUCUGGAAAUGCCCCGCUGCACGCAUACCGCAGGACACUGCAAACGCUGACGUUCAGGAUCAGCAGUGGCGAGCCCGACGCCAGUCUAUCACGUGAAAUCCUUAUCAGGGUUCGAAACCAGCCGUUCAUGACGGUGACAGUGAAUGUCAUGCGAGUCAACGACCAGCCACCGAUGAUAUCGCUCUCACAAGCGCCAGUCGACAUUGCUGAAGAGGUUGCGCCAGUGCCUAAGGCCCUGUUUAGCGGUGGUGAUGUCAACGUAACUGACGACGAGGAUGGCUUGGUGGGUGCAACAAUUGAGCUGCUCGGGGACAACCUUGACCCGAGUCGAGAACGCAUCACGGCCACGGGAUUCAGGCCUGUGACUGCAACACGGCUGAUCCGCGACGAUCGUGCAAGAGCUGAUCAAUACCAGACUGAUAUUGCAUCACUGACGUACACGUUGGAUGGCGAGCCGACUGAGACCAACCGCAUGGUUAACAUCACCGUGCGGGACGAUCUUUUCACGUCGUUCGCAGUCCUGCAACUGCGCUUGGUGCCGAUCAACAACCACAGACCCGUGAUUGCAAGUUCAACGACACAGAUAAGUUACCUGGAGGAUUCGGGACAGCAACGUGUAGGAACUAUGCUUGGUGUGAGUAUAAGUGACCUGGAUAGCUUCAAGUUCUUCAUGUUCACUGGUGCAACCGUGUGGCUGAGCGGCAGUGCUGAUCACGGUGAACAAAUCAGCAUUGCCAACAACAGUACGUUUACAAGGAUGACCAUAGGAUCCUCUCUGGGCACGAGCAUCACAGUGACGGGAAUGGACACGUUGAUGAGCUAUCAGCGCUUGCUUCAGAGCAUCCAGUACAGCAACCCCGUCGCCGAACCCACAGCGGGCCGCCGCACGCUGAGCAUGCGUGUGAAUGACGGAGUGGGCUUCAGCAACAACCACACCGCAACCAUAGAGGUCACGCUGAAGGACGACAACAGGCUGCGACUGAACUGCUCGAGCUCAGGGGCAGCACACCCACUGGUCUUUGUGGAGGGUGACAGCUCCCUGGCUGUGUUGGCAGGCGCUAGCGUCAGAGAUGCAGACAAGGAUGACGUGGUGCUUGCGGCAUUGAUUCGUCUGCAGCAAGUUUUGGAUGGCGCGCACGAGAGCUUGACUCUCAAUUCGGGUCUGUUGGCUGGCGAGAACCUCACUUUAGAGUCGGGUUCUGUUGACGGUCAAUUGUCUAUCACAGGAAGUGGAUCUGAUGCACUUUAUCAGCGUGUUCUGCGCAGCGUCACUUACUCGAACAUUGCCGAUGAGCCAAGGCAGGGCGAGCGUUGCGCUACCGUGCAGCUGACAAGCGGCAAUGGAACUGUGGAGAUGUGUGCAUCCUGUUUCUCCGUGCUCUCCAUCAACGACAGCCCGGUGCGGCUCUAUCUCGGCGGGCCUGCUCAGCCAGAUUACCACGCCACGCUUCUGUACAACAACACGGCGCGGGCGUCUACACGGAUGGCGGCCAGCGAUGCCGCCGUGAGAGAUGAUGACAGUGAUAGUAGCAUUGCUACAAUCUCUGCAAGCAUUCAGACACCGUACAGUGACGAGGCCCUCUGGUUGCAGCAAUGUGGUAUCCAGGCCACCGGGACAUGUGCAUUGCAGUUUUCCACAGCGGUGUCCCCAGCAGUCCAGUGUGACUGUUCAUCUACUGCACUUACCGCAGCAGCCGUCAGGGUCACGUUCAGCAACUAUGGUCUAUCUGUGUCUACCACUGCCGACCAGCGCCUUAGCCACGCUCAAGCCCUUGCACUGCUCCAGUCCGUGCUAUACACUGCACACUCGGCCAGACCAACUGCAGCGUUUGUCAUGCGCAAUGUGACCAUCUCCAUCUCGGAUGAUGUGUUUACUGAUGUCCAGUACACAGCUGUGAUUGUGGAUCAGAAUAACCAACCACCUACGCUAGACUUCAAUGGACCUGCUGCGGGAUUGUCCACGAGUGUUACCUUGACCGAGGGCCCCUUGCCUAGCGUGCUGCUGCUCAACGGUGGCGGUGCAGUGCUGUCCGAUGACAGUGAUAUUCUCAGAGUCACUGCCACUCUCAUGUCCAAGCCGAACGGACAAGAGGAGUCGUUGCGAGCCGAUGCUCAAGCGGGACUCUCGAUUGAAACUAACAGCUCGGCUGGAUCAGUGGUUAUUAGCGGAGCAGCGAAUGCCUCACAGUUCCUAGCUGCCUUGCGAACACUUACCUACGCUCACCAAGGAAUGGCUGACAUUUUCACUCACCAGCCGGAUUUGUCCGACAGAAUCAUUUUGGUAGAGGCGUAUGACGAUGCAGGUCUCCGGAGCAGUGCAUCCAUCACCGUCAUCCUCUCGCGUGUCUGCAACCAGCCGCAGUACUUCAUCACUACCGAGCCGGAGCUGCAGCGGCUGGCCGAGUGUUCCAGAGUGGACAGUGGCAGCGUUGUCAUCUCCUGCGCUGGCGUGGACGGUGCCUGCACGAUCACCUCACUCCAUGUGCUGAACCGGCUAACAUACAUUCAAAACGCCCUCAACAUCCAGAGUCUGCCAGGAUUGCGCAACCUGACUGGCCUGGAGAACUUGGCAUUCUUUGGCGGCCUGCAGCUGGCCAAUCUCCCCGAGCUGGUGUCAACGGAGGAGAUUGGACGCAGCACUGGCCACUCACCAUUCACAGCCGGGGCUGGUAUCUUUGUGUCAAACUGUAACAAGUUGACCAGCCUGCGAGGGCUGACUGGUGUGUCCAUCACAUCAUCCAUUUUCCUGGAGGACAAUGAGCAACUGACCGAUGUGGGAGGCAUGAACACCAUCCAGCGUGCCUCCGUUGUUGUGUGGGCUCGCAAUGGCGGUGCAAGUAUGACGGGUUUAACGGCGCUCACUACCAUCACUGGCAUGCUGCAGAUAUCUAGCAACCCUAAUCUUCUUGGCGUUCAAGGAUUUGCCUCGCUGACGUCAGUUAGCUUUCUGAUUGUGGAAAGCAAUCCCGUCCUGAGACAUCUGGAUGGCCUGUCGCGUCUGGUUGCGUACGAGCGUGCUGUGUUCGUGAACGACAACCCUCUGCUCUGCUUCGUGUUCAGAGAUACACUGGCUGCAGGCCUUGGUCCUUUCAACGUACACACGCUCCUGGGCAGGAAUGGUCAGUCCUGUGGCAAUCGCUACUGCGCCGACGCAGCAGUAGGUACGCAGGCCUUCUCGGCCCUGGAUCCCUGUCAGAACAACGGGCAGUGUCGCAACACAUCCACUUCAUUUACCUGCAAUUGCACACAGGGCUAUGCCGGGGAUUUCUGCCAGCAGUACGACUACUGUGCAGAGACGCAGUGUGACUCGGUGGGUGCACUGUCAUGCGAGAAUACCGUAACCAGUGCAGUGUGCCGUUGCAAGGCAGGCUACUCUGGACCGCUGUGCUCGACGAACAUUGACGAGUGCGCCUCCGACCCAUGCCAGUCGGGAUCGACUUGCUUGGACGGUGUCAACGCAUACACGUGUCUGUGCACAGCAGGCUGGACGGGAGCGGAUUGCUCCGUCGAUAUCGAUGAGUGCCUCACGUCGCCGUGCAGGAACGGAGCAACGUGCAUGAACCAGUCACCGCCACAACGCUACACGUGUACAUGCCAGCCGGGGUACACUGGUCUCAACUGUGACUUGGACGUGGACGAGUGUAGUUCAGCACCGUGUGACUCACUAGGCAGCAGCGCAUGCUUGAACCAGCUAAACAGCUACCAGUGCCAAUGCCACGAUGGCUUCAGCGGUGAGCAGUGCAGCACGGCAACCCAAGCAGUGCGUCGCCUUGCAUCGUGCGGUGUUUUCGGCUACGAUCUCCUUGAAGCUGUGCAGGUACCGGCAGGUACGUAUCGUGUGGCACUCAACGGGUCACCGGACGCAAUGCUCAGCGGCCAAGUCACCGCAAUGCCCAGCAUGCCAUUCCUCUUCGGCUCAUGGUUCUGGCUAGAACGUGGCGCCAACGGUAUCCUCGUAUCCUCCCACUCGGAUUCUGGCAUUGUUGAGUUUUCUGUUCAAAUCAGGCAUCAGCUUAUCACAGUUUCUGGUAGAACUUGGCUUGCUUCUGACUUGACGGAGCGCCGAUGGCAUUAUGUGACCGUCACUGGAAACAGCUCACAUGUUACCGUCACGUUGGAUGAUCAAAUUCUUGGCACACAGAGUGUAGCAAGUCCUAUUUCUUUGGUCAGCCGCAAUGUCCAGCUCGGUUCUCUACCCGAUGGAAGCAUGGCAUUCAAUGGCAUGAUACACAAUCCAACUCUGUCGUUCGGCAUUUCUUCUGCAGCGUCGCCACAUGUUUGUUUGCUUGGCCAGGGUUCAUCGUCCAGCUCGCAGUGUGGCAGCAAUGGUCGCAGUGUUGAUCUUCUUCACGGCCAGCUAGAUUGCGUGUGUAAUACCGGCUGGACAGGUCCGACGUGUGGUGUUCGACAAACCCAGGUCAGCUCCGGCGGCCAGGGGUCUAUAGCGUACACGCUGUCCUCGCAACAGCAAACUUCCUCCUCUGUUUCCCUUGCACUGCGAUCUGAGCCGAGCAGCACUACUCAGCAAGUCCUAAGCUUCCAGAGGUCCACAGGUGGUGGGGUACCAGGGCAGCUUCAGUCAGUACUGUUGAAUAUUGAUAAUUCUAGCAAUGUGCAAGUGCUCAUCAGUGAAACAUGCUCCAGCACUUCAUCCAUUUCCAUAUCCUCCGAUGUCGUCGUGACCGAUGGUGCAUGGCACAAUGUUUCCGUAUCCAGUAUCGCGGUGGCGGGUACGGUCAGCCUCUCCGUGGAUGGCGUGCAGCAGACGGUGUCGCUACUCAACGAUGGCAAUGCGGUUGGCUGCACGCCCAGCACAGCUCAUCUUCAGCUGGGUCAUGUUGUCACCGGUGUAAGUGGAUGCUUGGACGACAUCACGCUGGACACAGUGCCACUAGCUGCGACCAGUGCUAGUCUGUCUGGUGAUGCGUCUCUGUCCUGCCAGCACGACACUGCUCGCUUCCACGGUCUCUCGCAGCUCAGAUUACAGCCAGUCGACUGGAGCAGUGGCUUAGUGAACAUGUCACUGCGCCUGCGCACUGCCUCCCCCAACGGUACACUCUACUUCAUUGGUGGAGAUAGAAAUGAUGCGCUGGCUGGCAUUCCCACUGCAUUCAUCCUUCUGGAAGUUACCCGUGGAUUCAUGCAGCUUACCGCCAGGUUGAACGAGCUCGACUCGGUGACCUUACUCAAUACAAAUGUUAGAGUCGACAACAAUGCAUGGCACUCCGUGUCCGUCUACUACAACACCUCCACCUUUUCGCUCACUGUCGACAGUCGGCAAGAGUUUGCAGCAGUUUCGACACGAUCCAGCACGACCGAGAUCAGCAUCAGCCAAAUGGACGUGUGCUUCGGUGCCGUAACGGCUGACAAGCAGCUGCUGUUCAACACCCCCACCGUGUCAGCGGCGCUGGACGGCUGUGUACAGGACUACUACCACAAUGGCCGCUUCAUCAGCUUCUUCUCCAACGUAGCCUCUCACAAUGUCGCUUUUGGCCAGUGCAAUGUCUGAGACAAUAAUUAUUGGCAGUGCUCUGAUCAGGCCACUGGCAAUUCUCUCCGUUUUAAACACCAGCUUCAUGAUGUUUUUUUAUACAAAUUCUCUCUGUCUCCUCCACUCCUCCGCUACCAGAAUUGACUACAAUGCUACGAAAAGUUUCCAUACUCAGUCUACACAGUGGCCAUUCUAAGCGGUGAUACAAUCACGUACAUGUGUAUGUCAAGAUGUAGAGUUCAUUUCUACAGUCAACUCUUUCUUUCUUCCUCCCUUCCUCUUUUUCCUGUCCUGAUGUGCCUUGGUAGAACAACCACAUUUAUAAAUUAUACAGAUAUGGAGUACAUGUAUGUACUUCAACCCAACAUGGUUGCCAUGGUUGCAUCUAUUUCAAUAGUACAGUACAGUGUGCUUGGCAAUCACGUAACGACGUCGUUGUCAGAAUGCAACCAUGCUUUGUGAGUCGGUUUUCCCAAACAUCCAGCUAUUUCAGCGGUUUCUU